UUCCUCAUACAGAUGUCGCCUUGCCUCUUCAAAACUCUUCAAGCUCCACUUCUCAACCUGCACAUCUUCAAACCUCAGAAACACUAGCCCCAUCUCCACUUCUCCAGCAGAGAUCUCACCUCCUCAGCUUCCCCCUCCACCUCCGCCACACCUCCGCCUCCCCUCCGCUACCCCCUCCACCUCCGCCACACCUCCGCUACCACCUCCACCUCCGCUACCCCCUCCACCCCGCCGCACCUCCGCUACCCCUUCCACCUCCGCCGCACCUCCACUACCCCCUCCACCUCCGUCGUUCACCCAUCUCCACCUCUGCCGUCGCGUUUUCCCCUCAACUGCUGCCGUCGUUCACCCAUCUCCACCUCUGCCAUCUCCGUCGACAAACUCCUCAGAAUGUAGAGGUUUGGUCCACCUCUUCUGGUUCAGAUGUCUGUAGAUGUGGUCCGCAAACUGCAGACAUUUUACCUCUGAAAAAACAAACAGCACCUAAACUAAACCCCCCUCUCUCUCUCUCUCUCCUCCACCUUAGUUAAAUACACCUCAAGUUUGGUCUCAUUUAAAAGCAGUUUACUUUUACUUUCAUCCAGUAUGAUCUAUCUACCCUCCUUCCUUUUUAGUUUCUCUGCAUAGUUUCAAUAUUUCAAAUUCCUGAACCGGUUCAACCAACCGCCAUAACCAGCCGACUAUCUGGAAGCUGAUGAUUGAUGAACCGGACUGCCAGUGACUCUUGAAUAAUGGAACUGUAUCACAAGAGACAUAAAACAUCCAAGUUUGCACCACAAGACUUUAUCAGCGACAUGCCAGAUAUUGUGAGGACCGGUGUUUUGUCAAGAAACUGGAGGUUUAAGUGGACUAUGCUUAGAUAUUGCCGUUACAAGAUGCUGUGAGGACCGGUGUUUUGUCAAGAAACUGGAGGUUUAAGUGGACUAUGCUUAGCCAACUUGUAUUUGAUGACGACUUCUUUAAGUAUUUAUCAAAAACACAAGGCAAGAACAAUCAUGUUAGAAUUAUAAGUAGGAUUCUUCAUCAUCUUAGAGGUUCCAUCACAAAAUUUGUCCUCUUCUUAGACGACGUGUUGGUUUUGGAUGCUAAACAUAUUAGACGUUGGAUUAGGUUCUUGUCACCAAAAGGGAUUAAGGACCUCUCUAUUAAUAAUUCGGAUGUAACACUACUUAACUUGCCUACCCAUCUUUUCUCUUGUUUAGAAUUGGAACAUUUGAAACUUUAUAAUUGUUAUUUCAAUCCUCCACCUACUUUUCAUGGUUUUCCAAACCUAUUGAGCUUAGACUUGUUUGUGGAAAUUGAAGAGGACUUUGAAGUUGGGAAGUUUUUGACGGGGUGUCCGUUACUUGAGGAUUUGACCAUGGAUGGUCUGUUUGAAGUAGGCAAAGUAAAGGUAGUUGAGAUUGCAAAACUUGAAAAUCUCAAAAUAUUAUCUUUGAAAUUUUAUGAUCUUGACGAUACAAGCGUCAUGAGUUCCAGUACUAUCUUUGAACUUUUGGGAUCUCUUCCAAAACUUCAAGAACUUGAUUUGGAUUUUCAAGACUGCCAAUUGAGAGAAGGUGGUGCUAAAAAGAGGUUCUCUACCGUCUUUCCCUGCCUCAAGGCUCUUAAGUUAUCUAUAUAUUUAGACAACGGUAUGAAUCUAUCACGUGCUUUUGAAUUGAUUAGGAGCUUUCCAAAUCUGCAAACACUUGAAAUCACAACAACUGAUUUGUAUGAUGUGCAGACACAUGCAAUUUGUUCUCAAGAGGUAGAAUACAACACGAUGGAGUUGUUACGAAGUGUGACGUUUGAAUAUUUGAAAGGUUCUGAGAAUGAAGUGUGUUUGAUAAAGUAUUUACUUGCGUGUUCACCUUUCCUAAAAAGUAUUGUUAUUCGUCCCUACUCGUACCUUGCGUAUGGUAAGAAGUUGAUGUUUGCUACGAAGUUGUUGAACCUCUAUCGAGCCUCUCCUGUAGUUGAAAUCAGUAUCUCUUAAUUCUAGUUGUUUUGAAUCAACUAACUUCUUAGUCUAUUAGAUGCAUAUUUGUAUGAAUUUAUGGCCCGAUUUUGUAAUAUGCUUUUACUAGUGGCAACAAGAAUUCAAUAA